AUGGCAUACCCCGAUUCUGGUGUACUGCAUAGGGAGAAGUUCUAUUGGGUCAAAAUUGAAGACCACGAUGCAUCGGCUGUACUCUUCCGCUCUCAAUGGGGGUUCGUGGGAUUCUUCCUUUUCGUGCAAGCCUGGUUUAAAGUUCUGCGGUUCGUAUUUCGCCCGGAUAAAAUGAAGGAUCUGCCGCCUAGAAGACCUCUCAAGAUCAAGA